AUGACAGCAAAUGGGGUGACUUCAGACGCCAUAGUAGUAUUCAAUGAUCUCAUGAAACCAAUUUCUUUAAAGAAGAAGCUUGCUGAAGAAAUUGCAAAGAGAGAAGCCGCUGAGAAGGCACUUUCUGAAAUGAAAAUCAAGAACGUCGACUUGGAAGCUUUAGUUAAAAAGUUUAAAGAAGAUAUUGAGUCAAAGAAGGUUUCUCUUGAAGAGGCCGAUAUGAAGUCACGAGAAGACCAAGAACACAUUGAGGAACUCCAAGGUAAUAUUAAGAGAGGAAAGGAAGACUUGAGCAAGUUAACCACUGAGUACAACUAA